UCUGAUACGUGCUGCGACAUUGCGAGGACCAAGACGAUUUUACAAGCACGCUCCGGUGUUUCUACAACUCGAAUGUCCACCAAAGCGCGCGCGGCGAUCCUGCCCGAUCCUGGCCUGGUCUCCGCUUCCCGUAUUGCCUGCGCCCGAUUCUACCGUCUCCUACCUUGGACGAGAGUGUACUGCUUGAAUUCUUGAAUCCUUGGCUAAGACGAGUGCAUCGGACUGAGAAAGAAAAGUGAUCAAAGAGGGGGGAGCAUGGUCUUCGAACCAAAAGAUGGAGAAAGGGUGAACCCGGUGAGUAGAGUAGAGAUGUUGCUCCGAAUGGUUCAUGCGGAGGGGAAGACGUACGGAUGCAAGUACACGGGACGGGAUGAGAAUCUAUAUCAAAAGGAAAGAGGAAAGGACGACGUGAGAUUAAAGAGUCAGCGUAAAGUUACGCAGCUUAACGAUGCGAGUCGAAGAUCCAAAGGAUCUGGAUGUCACCCAUUCCACGCGGACCCUAUGGACCAGACCGGACUCUGUUGUGGUCUGAUGCAUACGUUCGAGGAUAAAAGCCAGGAGCUCCUCCGAGCUCGGGAUCGACUUACGAAAUUCGUCUCGUUCGACAUGAACGGGAUAUGGGUCAAGGGUACGUGAAACGAUUUGGGCACAACGGAUUAACGGUACAUCGACCGAGCAGUAAAAAUAUCGUCGCGAACCUUCGGGAUGAGCUAUCUACGGACGUGCGACGUUCCGCGGAAAUUCUAUCGCUUUCGGUAACUCUUUUUCGUUUCAUUCGCAGUUACUCGUACGCGAACGGUACGCGAGAGGUACAAAGCAAAUAUGUGUUUAUUAAUUUUAGUGCAGGUGCACACCUAUACAUGCAUCUCGUCUCUACCUGUGGAUUUACUAUACGUCGAAGAACACGUAACGAGAACCGCUUAACGGUAUUCGUUUGGUCUGCUGCUGUCUGCUUCCCUUUCCACUCUGUACUUCGACCGUUUUAAGAAAUAUUCGGUCGUGACUUGACCUGUCCAAGAAUCGGACGAACAGCAGAUGAAAGAAAGUGCGUCACGCGCGAAUGCCACAGUGAAUUAAAUCUGUGUCGUUCUGUUUUACUUGAAAAUUAUAGGGUUUCCGAAAAUAUGUAGUACAUACAAUACUUUCUGAACGUUUUCCCAAUUUUUCCCCUGGUGUUACGAUCGAUUCGAUUCGAAACAAUUGAAAACGAUUCGUGAAAGACGGUCUUCUGUUCGAAAUAUUUCUCCCCCUGGCCUGCUCCUUUGCUCCGUUUAUUUAUUUUAUGUAUUUUACUUGGUCCCACUAUAUUUUCGUUCGUACUAUACGAUAUUAUUUGAAUCGUAUCACAAUUAUACGAUCGAAGGAAAGAUGAGCGUGCAGUUCAAGAACUUCCCACUUAUCAACGAUGAAACGCGUUUCAUCGAUGGAAGCGAAUAUAAGGGGACUUGGGAUACGUUUGGCAUGGAUGGAAUUGGGAAAUUCACUCUGCCGCAUAACACGAUCUUCGAAGGAGAGUUCCGGCAUGGUAAAUUUCACGGUCAUGGUAGCAUGUACUGGCCUCGUGGACAAAGAGUGGACGGUAUUUGGUCCCGCGGUAAAUGCGAGGGCAAAGAAUACGUUUUCAACGACAGUCUAAAUUUUUCACAGCGCGAUUGGAAAUAUUGCAAAUUCCCCGAUAGACGGUAUUUUUUGUGUCACAAAUAUGGGUUGAGACCUGCUGGAGCAACGUUACGCAAGAACGAUCCAUACGAGUUAGCUGUUCCUCCGAGGUGUUACGAUUCGGGUAUCGGAAUUUUCAAUCCACGUACACGUUGUAUCACGUCUUAUCAAAACCCCAAAAAGGUGCUAGAGAUACCGAGUACGGAACACGCUCGCUGGAUAGUGAAGAAUUGCCAAAAGGGUACGUCUCCACCGACCGGACAUCGGAGGGAGCUGUACGAGAAUUGGUUUUCUCCCGACUUCGACGAGAAGAUUCUUUCGUCCCGAUUACCGUUUACGAGUAAUUCAUUCGAGCCUUGGUGGCAAAGGUUGACCACAUUUCGCCGAGAUAAUUCCUGGAAGGAAGAGAAACUGGAAGAUCCUUGCUUAUGCCUCGACGACGAGUCACCGAACGCUGACGAAAAUAUCAUUGAACCGAAAGCUCCGAUGGACAAGACACCGAGAGACGAAAUCGUCGUUUCUCCAACUGUAUCCUGUCGUCGUCACUCGAAUUAAACCGGUUUUCAGAAUCUUCGAUUG